AUGGAGUUGGCUGACAAGCUCAACUACCCCAGCUCCGGGUACAUGGUGAAGGGGAUUACUGGCUUCAAAAUCUAUAUCUACCAACGCGACCAUGCUCUGGGUGAUGGCGAGGCUGUCAUUCCUAAGGCGAUUCGUGAUAACAAGCACGUCAUCAACUUCCCCAAGACGAACAACAAGUGUGACUUCCACUGCAUUGCUUUUCACAAGCAGGAGGGAGCCAAGAAGGAUCCUCGCAGAAUCCAGGCUCUGGUGAAACAAGCCUUCAAGCAGUACUGUUCGUACAAAGAGAUCACCUACACUCUGGGUCUGUUCCGCAAUUUCAAGCCUAUCGACAUUCUCCAAUUCGAUGGGCUUGAGGAGUGCUUCAAGCUGAACAUCAACGUCUUCAACAUGGAUGUUGAGACGGGCAAGGUUGAAUGCAUUCGCUGCUCGGACAAGGACUAUGAUUCGAUCAACAUCCUGUCGCACGAGAAUCACGCUCUCUACAUCACGAACGUUGAUAUGCUCCAGCAGAAGUACCAAUGCUCUACGCGUGAGAUGGUGUUUGUUAGCUCUGAUAAGCUACGCAACCACACUAAGAACCAAUGCGAACUCGUGAACAUCGAAUCGUUCCCAGCUCAGCCAACCAUCUACCAACCCGCUCCGAACAGCAUUCGUUCCAUGCUGACUAAGUACUCCAUCAAGGAUGCUGACCAUUACAUCGAUCACUUCGUUGUCUAUGAUUUUGAGGCUAUCCUCAAGCCUACGGGUGUCAAAAUCGGAGAGAAUACUAUCUUCACAAACGAACACAUUCCUGUGUCUGUUUCCGUGGCCGACAGCUUGACUGAGGAGGUGCGAUGCUUUGUCAGCGAUGACCCGAAGGAGUUGCUCAAGGAUAUGUUCCAGUACAUCAAGGAAGUUGCGGCUAAGAUUCAGCAGUACAACGUCUCGAAGUACGAGUCUUUGCUCCGCAAAAUCAUCAACGUCCAUGGUUUGACUGACGCUGAGGUUCCUGGUCUAGACUUGGGUAAGACGUACAAGAUGGAUGAUGUCAAUGCUUGGAUUCAGAACGAGGAGUUUGCUUGUUUCUUCGAUUUCCACAGCAAGCUCACAUUCGGUAAGAAGCGCUCGGAUUAUGGCAAGCUGAAGCAGUGCAUUGGUCAGGUACCAGUAUUCGGAUUCAACUCUGGACGCUACGACAUCAACCUUAUCAAGGCGGACCUGUUUGCAGUCAUCGGUACUGACAACAUCACAUCAGUCAUCAAGAACCCUAGCUACAUGUGCAUCGCCACGUCAGACAUGAAAAUGCUUGACAUUAGCAACUGUUCCGGCAGGCACCAGCUAUGCAAAGUACUUGUCGACAUAUCUCGGUGA